AUGCCGAUACCUAAUCGUCUAGAAGCCAAGAAAAUGCGCAGCAAUCCUCACAGGUUGCAUGAGUUCAGGUUAGCCAACUUGUUCACAGACCCAUUUGCUAUCUCAUUGCUGUCCUUGGCCCUGAUCUCCUGGAUCAUUGCUUUCGCAGGAUCUGUGGCGGCCGCUUCAGGAAGCUCAAAUUAUCCGCCAUUUGCAUGGUGGGGCCUUGUCUUCCAACUGCUGAUUCUAAUUGCAAUUUUUGUGCUGUACUGCUACGAUUUGAUCGAAUACUACAAGACUUUUCUCUCUAGCGCUUUGGCCAUCGCGUUUAUAUACACCACGAACAGUACUGGGGACCUGAUUUAUCGUGAUGGCUCUAGAAUGGGCGCUGCAUCUGCCGGGUUAAUCUUGCUAUCGAUGAUAAACGCGAUUUGGCUUUUCUAUUUUGGUGCCGACAACGCAUCUCCUUCCAAUAGGUGGGUUGAUUCAUAUUCGUUGAAGGGAAUUCGUCACUCUGUUCUCGAGUCUUCAAUCGCUCUGAUUGACCGACCUCAGGCAAUACCGCGUAAUACCUCGAGGUAUUCUAUUUCGCCGCGUGUUGGGCCUUAUAAUGAGCCAAUACCACACUCCACCAGCUUUAACAUAGACAACCAUUCACAACAAUACGUGUCCUCAACCGCGUUGAAUGGAUUCGAGAAUGCUGAGCCACCCGCACCGCCAUCACUCCCACAUCAAAUCCCAAAUGCACAUAAUACCAACACAUUUUUCACAGACACAACUAACGGCAACACGGAAACUACGAUGGGUGACACAUUGGGGCUUUAUAGUGACGCUGGUGAUGAACUAGGUAGUUUCCCUUACACAGCGAAAGCGUUAUACACCUACACCGCAGACUCUAAUGAUGCGUAUGAAGUGUCAUUCGAGCAAGGUGAGAUUCUCAGGGUCGGGGACAUUGAGGGCAGAUGGUGGAAGGCCAAAAGGUCUAAUGGAGAGACCGGAAUUAUUCCCAGUAAUUACGUGGAGCUGGUAGAUGGAACUUCGAUUUAA